CAUCACCCUUUCACAUCUCACCAUGCAUUCUCUUCUCACUUGCAGAGAUCAAGCAUGGAUUUCCCAUUUUUCACUCCUUAUGGUGUGUUCCAUGGAUCAGUUUCAAACAUGUUCUGGCAUCCUCUGAUGGUGAUUGCUGAACCUGAUUGGUCCCCUCAGCCAUUCAUUCAUCUGCUGAUGUUGUUGCUGGAUGAUUGGGCAACUGGUGGUGAGGGUGGGUUGUCAUCACCAGGUGCUGCUGCUGUUUCCUCAGCAACUUUGGUUUCUGGUGCAUCUUCAGAAUCUACUUUGUUAUCCACCCUGAAUGAUGGGAAUUCAGGUGGUGCUGGGUCAUCUUCCUCCAAUGCUGGAGGUGUGGUAGCAACAGCAGGAGGGUUCUUGUUCAGUGCUGGGUUCCAUCCACCAAUGCUGUUACCUGAGGAGGAGAACCUGUUCAUGACAUAUUUUCACCCCCCAAUGUUGUUACCUUCUGAAGAUGGAGAUGUACAACAGGAGGGAGGAGAUACUACAGGGUCUUCUGCUACAUCACAUAAUGAGAAUCAACAACACCAAUGGAGAAUGGACAAUGGUAGCUAG